CAAAAGCUGCCGCCAUGCAUGAAGACAAGGAAUAAAGGGAUAUACCUGGGAUCAAAAACAAUCAUGCCUCUCCUUCGAGGCCGAAAGCUGCACUUCUUGCAUCGGGGCAGUUCCGCAGAUCGAGUAGAUAGUGUACACGGGAUUGUGAUCGUUUGCACGGUGUUCACCGCUCACCUUCUGUGCAGCAUGAUGACGAGAUGUGCUGGUGUCCUGUACCUCAGCUGGAAGAAUGAAUUCGGCUCCAGUGCCUCACAGACAGGGGCCAUUGCUAGCAUCAUGUCAUCCUUCUCUUACUUUGCGGCUGUCUUGGCUGGAAUAGCCUGCAAUCGAUGGGGAUGUCGCACUACCUGGAUACUUGGAGGAUUCAUGAUGUUUGUAUCCUCGCUGCUCAGUUUUUGGGCAUUUCAACUAUAUCAGAUGUACAUCAUUGGUGCCUUCUUGGGUACGGGUGUAGCACUGUGCUUUAUAUCCUCCAGUAUCGCUGUAGCGCAAUAUUACAAGAAGUAUUACGCCAUAGCUAUGGGUUUCACGACUGCAGGUACAUCCUCGGGAAUGAUCGUGUUCCCGCCUCUGUUUCGCCUACUGCUUGAUACUUACGGAUGGAGGGGAACCAUGCUUAUUACGGCCGGACUAUCUGCAAACAUAUGUGUAGUUGGCGCCUUUUACCAUCCUCCCUAUACAGAAAGGCGGAGAAGGAUCAAACAACCUGAACCAGACGAGCAACUGGAAGUCAGCCAGACCGACAACGAAUCAAUUCGGAUGGAAAUACAUCCUAAGUCACAUGAGCAUGCCGGCAGACUCGACCAAAAGAAGGGCAGAUCUUUGCUGACACUCGCUUCAAGUCUGGCCUCAGAAUUAGGACUGAAUUUGGUGCGGAGGAGUUAUCGAUUUACUCUCUUCUGCUUGAUUGGCAUGCAAUUCAAUAUUGCGUAUUCAUGCUUCGUGGUAUUUCUGGUACCCCGGGCCCAGUUGUGUGGUAUUGACGAGCAGAAGGCACCAUUUCUACUCAGUCUGUUUGGAUUUUGCGGUCUGGGUGCACGGGUUGGCUCGGGCUUCUUCGUUACCCGAAAGAUACCUGUUGAGGUGACAUACACAAUCUCUAUAAUUCUGAUUUGUGUUGCUGCAUUAUGUACUCAAGCCGAGACCUACGUAGCCUUCGCUGCGUCUGCCUGCAUUGUUGGCGUAGGGACCGGAGCUAACAAAGCAAUGUUCAUGGUAUUACUACGCAAGAUCGUUGGGUUGUCCAACAUGGCGUCAGGAUGCGGCAUAUCGUACAUGUUUGGCGGAAUUGGGGAUCUUUUAGGUCCAAUUUUUGCAGGUAUGCUGUACGACAAAACAGGAAACUUCACUGCUGUAUUCUACGUCUUGGCUGGUCUGGUCGCUGCUUCCGCCCUGCAAAUGUUGCUUUUGCCGUUGCUGGGGAAGAUUGAGCCGGGUCUUAAAGAGAAGGAAGACCAGCCAGCGGAGGUUUAGCUGUUCUCUGACCCAGUCUUCUGUCUAGUCUUCAGUUGCAUCAAGUACGUUGGCAAAUGCUGGCAACAGACUUAGACGUAGAUCUAGAAACUUUGUUCUGAUAUGCUAAGUUUUUUGCCUUUAUACGAAACUACUGAAAUCCAAAACAAAAAGCAUUUAUACAAAUCAAGUUAAUGACUGAUUUGAAAAGAUCGGUUGAUUGAUCCGCCCACUGUGUAUCUGUAAGUCACGUAAUUGUAUGCCUCCAAAAUGUCAUUCUAAUUGAUGUUUUUUGUUCAAGUUGAAAUGCACGUAUAUGGCCCAUUUACCUAAAUAUAGUUCUUCGAAAUGUCAUUUGAAUGGGUGUUUCGAUGCCCUUUGGUUUUCCCGAUGGAAAUUACUAUAUUCAUGAGCAAAACUGAGAUAUCUUCUUUAAACGAAGCACCGGUCUUGCAACUGCCUGAGCAGAAGAAAAACAGUGUUUUCGUUUUGGAGGUGGUCGACUCCCUCUGUUUUGGUGUAGGAUAAGCACGAAGAAGGUUUUAUGUAAAAUGUGUCACAUUGAGCCACAUUUUUGGUUUAUUAUUAUUAUUAUUAUUAUUAUUUUGCAUAAAUUAGCCCGUAAGCUUGUAUAGUAAAGUGCCACGUAAUACAUGUACCAGCAACAGCUCAUUAGCGUCUUUAAGGAGAUGGUUCGGAAGCCUAACCACAACGUACCGUGUUACCCAAGUAAUACUCUUGUUAACACUUGACUUGAAAUGAAAACCCUAUUUGUGCUAGUGUGCUCCCAAAUAAUAUCAUAAUAAUAUUGCAGCUUUUGAUACAUUUCUUUAAAGUGUUAAAACGUAGGACACUCUUUAAUAACUUCCUUACACUGAAUCGGUGUAAUAUGCAACUUUCCAAGUUAUGAGGGCAACCUGUCAAUCAAGUUGCAAAAGUUCGACUGGAGUUCGAGCAGGGAUCGUUUUCACAUUGCUGUGCAAGUGACGUCAAGACUAAUUAGUAAUUGGAAAAUCGUGUUUGAUCGAACUUUGUAUGUGAGCUGAUAUUGUAACAUAUUAUUUCAGAAAAUCUUAAUUCUGUUUCUGGAACCGUAAAGAAUAAUAACAUGAAAUGCACGUGUUUUGAUGGGGCGAUAUUUUCAUUUUUUUCCCGAAGAACCAAAUGUCCGAAGCAGACAAGUACAAUUUCUUUUGUGCUAUCACUAUCAAUGGUGAAACAAGGGUAUUUCAAUGGAAAAGGGCAGUCUUUAGAAAAUAUUGGGGGGGGGGGUGGUAAAUACGCCUAUAUAUGCUAAAAGUAAAAAGGUCUUGCGGCGAGCGUCCGGAAACCUCAAGUAUGGAACGCCAAAGUGGCCUUCGACAGUUCGAUGGAAUGAUGAGUUUGCCGAAUGAAAUGAAGAGUGUGCCGAAUGGAAUGAUGAGUCUGACGAUCGAAUGAAGAGUCUGAUGAAUGGAGUGAUAUUAUUGAAGGCAGCUUUGGCGUUCCAUAUUCGCGCGGCUCGGCUAUGGGCAUUUCACAUGGGGUUGCCCUUUCUCUUGCUAUAUUUUUUUGGCAAGAUGAUUUCUAGCCGUAACCACCUAAAGAAACAUUCAUGGUGGAAUUUUAUCUUGUAUUCUUCAAACAAAAAAUAUGAAAAUGUACAUGGGGAUGGGGUGAAACGAAUUUUAUUUACGACUUUUCACAUCCUAAAUUGUUCGUUCCUAGGUCUCAUGAGAACGAGAAUGUAUAUCGUUGCCAAGAUUGAUACCUAUAUAUAUACCAACAGCGGGAUAGGUUCUAGAUUUAGCUGAGCUGGCUUGAGCAGAUCGUGGGUGCACCUUUCCAUGAUCAAUUUGAGAUCUGUUUCGUAACUACUCAUGAGUUCUAUAAGUAUAUGUUCACAUAACUCAGAAACCUAAGGCAUCGUGGUCUUCUAUGUCAAUUUCA